GCCGUGACGCAUGCGUAUUCGGCGCGGGCCGCGAAUCAGAAUCAGUCCAACGGAAUCUCGGGGAAGAUACGGCACGAAACGACACGAUACGGCCGACGCAGCCGAGCGGGGAGUCGCGAGCGAUCUACCGGGACGAACUUGUCAAUACACGGCCGCCAGACGCGGCGUCGACCGUUGGUGAGCUUCAGCGGACGCGAAGAAGAAGAACGGGAGGAGGCGGCGGUGGCGGAGGCGGAGGAGGCAGGAAGGAAGGAAGGAAGACACGAACAGCGCCGUGAAUUGUUCGUCGAGACGUCGCUUUUGGCCUGCCAGCCAGGAUGGCGAAGCCCGAGCAAGUUUUAAUCAUUGAGCCGCAGGGCGAGCUGCGAUUCAGGGGCCCAUUUACAGGAGGUCCUGUCACGUCUUACAUAAAACUCAUCAAUCCAACGACCCACAAAGUAUAUUUUAAAAUAAAGACAACUGCCCCAAAGAGAUACUGUGUGCGUCCAAAUUCUGGAGUUCUCAAGGCAAAGGAUGUCACUGAAAUAGCGGUAUGCUUACAACCAUAUGAUUUCGAUCCGGCGGAGAAAAGUAAACACAAAUUCAUGGUGCAGACUGUAAUAGCGCCAGAUGAUGAUGAUGAUGAAUAUCCAAUUGAUGUGUGGAAAGACAUAAAUCCAGAUCAGUUAAUGGAUUCCAAACUGAAGUGCGUCUUUGAAAAUCCCGUGACCAGUACCACCACGGUUAAAACAACCGCAACCUCUACAACAACAAAGGCAGAUUCUAACACGACUAAUGGAAAGAACAAGGCGAUUGGCGAUUCAGUCAAAUCAUCACCGAAAGUACUUGGUGAAGCAGAAGAGAAAUUGUUAAAGGCCGCACAAGAGGUUAAUCAGCUUAGGGUAGAAGAAAGCACUCUUAGGCAGGAAAAUCUUCAACUUAGAGAAGAUUUAAUGAAGUGGCGGAACGCGGCACUGGGCAACGACGGUAACCUUGCAGCAGCUAGAGGUCUAUCCUCGCAGAGCAGUAGCCAGUUAUCUCCAACAUCAACUAGUGUCCUCAUCGCCAUCGCCAUGGUUAUAGUCGGCUACUUGCUGGGAAAACUAAUCUGAACAGCCUUCAUCUUAUUGUAUACCUCAGUGUAUCCCCACCGCCCCCGUGUUUUUUUAGCCUGUCCUCUGCCGUCACAUGCCAUCGUUCGAUCGCAGACACAGACUCCAGACAUUACGUUACUCGGAUGUUCAUAAUAAAUGCUAUAAACACGAACGGUAGUGGUCUGCAUUAAUAGAGCUGCUCGUUACGGGUGUGUGCGCUUAUAACAGAUCCGGCGAGAGGUUUAAUUUAAAAAAGAAAAAAAGCGAGUUGCUCAUUUACUUUCUGUUUAACAUAAUGCCCAGCGGCACCGGUAGAGACUCGAUUAGAAAGUGCUAGGCGGCCGCUCGGUCGUUACGUUUUCUCUACGUUCGUUCGCGCAAUUCACUUUUUUGUUUGCGCGCUUCUCACGUGAAGGUUUCCGCUUUUCCAAUUUUUUUCGAUUCCUGUAGCUUGCGUCUAUUAUUCUCGAGAUACACGUUCAUUAUCGGGAGAAUGUUCCAUCGCGCUGAUUGUAUCGCAAAUUAAAGUUCUUUCGAUCCUGUAUGCCAUUUUUUAAAUAAAUCGCGCAAUUACCGGUGCAAAGAGAUCACACACGUACGAGUCAGGGUGCUAUUGCGUUACAACACACUGGAUCUAGGCAUCUUCCUCCGCAUGAUAUUAUUCGAACGUUGUAAUCAUACUGUACGACUGGCGAAACGGGAUCGGCGUCCGACGCGCGGAUGUAAUGAGCGUGAGCGCUUUAACUGUUGCCUACGUUCGCUCGUUUUGCGCGCGCUCCUCCGGUGCGCCGGUCGUUGUUCCCGAUUAUUUCCCGUUGUACACAGCGAGGUUGAGACGAAGCGCAACUUCGCGGUAGCGAGUAACGAUUUGGACGCAUUUGUAAGUGUAGUUUACAUAGUUCACAUAUACAUUUGCUGCGAGAGAAAGUAUACACAUUGUACGUGCACCUGUGAAUGUGCCGGUAUGUUGUGAAAAAGUAUAUAUAUAUAACACCGACACAUUUACAAG